GGAGCACAGCCAGGCGGAGCUGAGUGAGUAUCACAGGAGCUGGUAGAAAAACACCGAGGAACUCCUUCCCCGAGUAAUGGAUAUUUUUUACCUCUUGUCACAUUGAAUGAAGUGAAAACGUUAGCGCUGUCUUUUGUGUGAUAAGCAUGAGUUCUCAUGUUAUCACCCCUGGACCGUACCGAGCCACAAAACUGUGGAAUGAAGUCACUCGUCUGUUUCGGGCUGGCAUGCCCCUCAGGAAACACCGCCAAAACUUCCGGCACUACGCCUCCUGCUUCACCGCCUCUGCUGCCGUGGAUUGGCUGCAUCAGCUGCUCCGUAGCAACAGCAAUUUUGGCCCAGAUGUCACCAGGCAACAGACAGUACAGCUGCUGAAGAAGUUUUUGAAGAACCAUGUGAUUGAAGAUGUGAAGGGUCGCUGGGGCACUGAGGAUCUGGAGGACAACAACUCACUGUACAGAUUCCCCUCCACUUCUCCUCUAAAACCAAUUCCCUGUGCAGCUCCCGCCUCAGCCCCUGGCUCCAUAAAGAAAAGACCUUCACUCAGGGACAAAGAGGGUUUCUUCAGGUUUAGGAGUAUCAGAAAGCACGAGAAGGAAACACAAGAAAAUGUAGAUCAUGCCCUCCAAGCAGGGGAUGAGAACCAGUCAGCAGGAGAGCAGCAGGUGCAGAGACGAGAGCUGACAGUUGAGGACGAACGUGACAUCUGGAGAGACAUCACCCUGAUCCACUUGCAGAGGAUUCUGGGUGUUUCGUCUCUUGAUGAGGUUUUAGACCAGCGUUAUGUAAACCCACAGAACAUCAUUCAUAAUAUGACCAAAGUCAACAAACAUGGAGUGGUCACACUGGAUGAUAAGACAAAUGACCUUCCACACUGGGUUUUGUCUGCCAUGAAGAGCCUGGCUAACUGGCCGAAGUACGACAGUGCACAGCCGUCUUAUCCCGGCUUUGAGAGAGAUGUCUUCAAAACAGUGUCUGAUUACUUCUACAGUCUUCCACAGCCGUUACUCACAUACGAACUGUAUGAGCUGUUUAUCAACGUCCUGGUGUUUUGUGGGUAUGUUGCAGCACCCACCACGCUACAACGUGGGAAACGUAAGAAGCCUGACCUUCCUUCAGUCCCUCCUCCAGCCAAGGCAUCGUUUCGUUCCACAGAGUGUCUCCUCUUGUCACUGCUCAGACAGGGGACAUGUGAUGAGACAGAAUCACCCAUGAGAGAGGUGCUUGGUGGGAAACUUCAGUCACGGCUGGCGGCACUGAAAGGAGGUGGAGCUGCUGACAGUCAGUUUGGUGGCAGCUGUAUGAGCCUGAGUACAGUUGUUUCCGCAAGACCUCGGACCAGGAGUUGCUCACUGGAAACCAUCCUCGAUGACUCUGCCCCUCUCACUCGGCAACAGCUGUUUUUGUCCAAUGACAGCCUGGCAUCCUGCACCCAUAGCAACAGGAGCCAGGAUAACAGUCCUGCCUUCACAACACCCCACAGUGAUUCAGACUUUACAUCUGCAUCCAAAGCAACCCCUGUUAUUUGUGAAAAUGCUUCAGGAGGUACAACUAGGAAGAGAUUAUCUGUAGUUUCCAUGGCUGGGCUGUCAGUCGCACAAAGGUCGCGUCCCUUGAGGCCAUGCAGCGUAGGCAGCUGCCUUGACAUUGUCAUAGAGACCAGAGAGGAAGAUGUCAUAGAGACCAAGUGGCAGGGUCGCGCAACCAGCUGCCUCAAUGUAAACACUCCUGCAGACCAGCAUCGCUCCUCCACAGCUUCACAUCCUCCCUCGUUGCCUUUUCAUCCCUCCUUUUCUUCCUGUCAUCCUUUCUCCUCCUUUUCCUCAACUGCUAUGGCCAAAGUACAAGGGUCUCAUGCUACUACAGGACCCAGUGGGCCCAGGCCCGCCUCCAGUACCUCUAAUCUUAGGACACUUCCUGCCCCUGCUGUUGUCCGGCGCUGCCUCAGCUCUAUGGACGUGUCCAAGCCAUCUCGACCUGUUUCACUGUUCAAACCUCCUGUCUGUGUGCCCACCAGCAGCACCCAGGCCCCUCAACCCAAACCUGAGCACAGUGUUCUCCAGCCUCAUUGUGAGCGUGUAGCCAUUGAGGCCCUGCAGCUUUGCACCCUCCUACUCCCCCCUGCCUCCCGCAGGAAGUUGCAGCUCCUCAUGAGGAUGAUGUCACGCAUCAGCCAGAAUGUGGACAUGCCUCGCCUCCACCCUGCCAUUGGCACCCGAACUCUGAUGGUUCACACCUUCUCAGGUUGUGUCCUGGGCAGCGCUGAGGAAUGCGAUUUGGAUGAGCUGUUAGCCACCAGGCUGGUAUCAUUUCUAAUGGACCACCAACAAAACAUCCUCUCAGUUCCUGAUUACCUGCUCAGUGCUAUCAAUGACCACAUACAGUACCUGCGCACAGUACAGGUCCCCAUCGACUAUGCUCCUAAUAUCGAUUGUACCGCUCCAGUUUGCGCUCCAGUUCCCGUGUUCGCAUUCUGUCGUCAGAUUAGUGGUGCUGAAUUUGAACAGCAAAAGCUGGAAUCUUCUCAGCAGGCCAUGGAGGAGUUACUGGAGAUCCUGCUGACAAACCAAAACAUGACUGAAAAGGACAGACGCAAGAAACUGAAGCAGUUUCAGAAGCAGUACCCAGACAUCUACAGUCGUCGGUUCCCCCCCUCAGACAAGGAGAGCAGAGCAGACAACAAACCAAAGAUUAAACCUCCCCUCCUCAACAUCAAGAAGACCAAAGUUUUCAGCAUCAGGAACUAAACCAGCCAACUGUGAUCAGUGUAGAAGCCACAGUCAUUACGUCAUUUUUGCUGCACUAUAACUGCACUGACGCUGUGCUCCUGAGAGAAGAUUAGAAAAACUCUCUUCUCUUUGCAGCCAUUAACUUAAUGUUGUUACAUUGGAAACACUGUUUUUCCUAUACUGUGUCAUUUAUGUGGUUAUAUGAGAGUUAAUGCAGGCUUCUACAAUGGUUUGUGUGUGUAUUCAUGUUGUGUAUAUGUUUGUGAUGUGUGUGACAGCUGGGCAGGAUGAAGGCAGGUGGACAGACAGUAGUUCCUCCUUAGAACAGUUUAUACUGAUUAUUGUGUUCAAGUGUAACAUGUUUUUAUGAAGCAGGAUUUUUGUAAAAAAUGUUUUGUUUGUUUAGUAAGAUUUGUGUUCAUUUGGAUCAGUUUACCCAUCUCAUUCUUAUCCAUCUUCCUUCUCUGCUGCUAGCUAAGCUAAUAUUGUGUGUGUGGGUGUUGGUGGGUGUGGCUUCAGAGUGCAUUUUGGGAGAAAAAUAUGCAAUUCUGGGAUCACUGGUCCAUAUGGGAAUAACUAGAUUAUAGAUUAAUUUAUAUGAAUGAUGGCAUUGGGAGCUUUGCUAGAAAUGCUGUUGCUUGAGGUGUUCUUCUUGUGUUGACUCUUUUUAUAGACUUAACUAAAAGUUUUAUGUCAUAGAUUCUCAAGGUUUUUUUUUAAUGUUUGUUUAGUGUUGAACCUUUUAUGUUUCGUCGCUCUUGUCUUUUGCCUCUUUGGCUUUCUUUUCGUUUGGCCACUAUUGCUUUCAUUUGUGUGGUGUGUGUGUUUUUUAAAGGAGCAUUUUAACAGUGUUCUCUAAGGUUUUCUGCAGGAGAGACGUUUUGAUUUUCACAGUCUCAGAUUUUUUAAUAUACAACUUAGUUGUUCUAAAUCUGAUUUGGGAGAUCCUUUCACCUUUUUUUCUUGUGUUUGUGUGUCUCAUCAAUCCACCCCUGCUUAGUUUAUUGGAUAGAAAAAUGUUUUGCACUGGGUUUAGGCACUGUGAAUGGCCACCAAGCUAAUGUCAAUCAUCAGAAUGGUUAAUUUAUGCAUAUUUAAAGCAUACUGGACUCCCUAAAGAAGGUUUCAGAGGUUUCCAGGUGGCUGAUGUUUUGGGGAACGUUGCUACAGCUUAUACUUAAAAUCUCAUCAUGUUCUCUCAGCAUCUGCCGCAUCAGCAUUUCUGUGGCUACAGGCUGUAUGAUGUCUUGUGGUAUUUCAUUGAUGGGUAUUAAGCUGAAGUGCAAUGUAGAACCCAAGUGUCUGAGGAAUUGUAACAAAUGUAACUUGACUCAAUGUCAAACUUUCUGUUUUUAUUUGUCUUAGGCUAUAUGAAGUAUUAGUUCUACCUUGGUACAUGUUUGUCUAUACCUCAGAUCAAGUGGUGUGUGUGUGUGACCAUAUAUGCACUCAUCAACAGUGUUUUUUGGCAAAGACUUUUACAGGGGAAUGUAUAUUAUACUCCUCCUCUACAUUGUUUACUAUGCAAAGUUCUGGGAAAUAAACCUGUUCAGUUGUUCUAUUUA